AGGUACAAACGAGUCUUCUCUGUGGGCACUCAUGGCAUUACCACGUACAACCCCGCCACGCUCGAAGUCACAAACCAGGUCAGUGGGCUCAUUUUAAAACCCUUAAUGAUGUCUCUAUGUCUGAGUCAUGUGAAAUUAUCCUUGUGAUCAAUAUAGCCUUUGUCACCAUUUGGAUGCUAAUCUACAGUCGUGGUCAAAAGUUUUGAGAAUGACACAAAUACUAAUUUUCACAAAGUCUGCUGCCUCAGUUUUGAUGAUGGCAAUUUGCAUAUACUCCAGAAUGUCAUGAAGAGUGAUCAGAUGAAUUGCAAUUAAUUGCAAAGUCCCUCUUUGCCAUGUAAAUGAACUUAAUUCCCCCAAAAUAUUUCCACUGCAUUUCAGCCCUGCCACAAAAGGACCAGCUGCCAUCAUGUCAGUGAUUCUCUCGUUAACACAGGUGAGAGUGUUGACGAGGACAAGGCUGGAGAUCACUCUGUCAUGCUGAUUGAGUUAGAAUAACAGACUGGAACUUUUAAAAGGAGGGUGGUGCUUGAAAUCAUUGUUCUUCCUCUGUCAACCAUGGUUACCUGCAAGGAAACACGUGCCGUUAUUAUUGCUUUGCACAAAAAGGAUAUUGCUGCUAGUAAGAUUGCACCUAAAUCAACCAUUUUAUCGGAUCAUCAAGAACUUAAAGGAGAGAGGUUCAAUUGUUGUGAAGAAGGCGUCAGGGCGCCCAAGAAAGUCCAGCAAGCGCCAGGACCGUCUCCUAAAGUUGAUUCAGCUGCGGGAUUGGGGCACCACCAGUGCAGAGCUUGCUCAGGAAUGGCAGCAGGCAGGUGUGAGUGCAACGGCACGCACAGUGAGGCGAAGACUUUUGGAGGAUGGCCUGGUGUCAAGAAGGGCAGCAAAGAAGCCACUUCUCUCCAGGAAAAACAUAAGGGACAGACUGAUAUUCUGCAAAAGGUAGAGGGAUUGGACUGCUGAGGACUGGGGUAAAGUCAUUUUCUCUGAUGAAUCCCCUUUACGAUUGUUUGGGGCAUCCGGAAAACACCUUGUCCGGAGAUGACAAGGUGGGCGCUACCAUCAGUCCUGUGUCAUGCCAACAGUAAAGCAUCCUGAGACCAUUCAUGUGUGGGGUUGCUUCUCAGCCAAGGGAGUGGGCUCACUCACAAUUUUGCCUAAGAACACAGCCAUGAAUAAAGAAUGGUACCAACACAUCCUCCGAGAGCAACUUCUCCCAACCAUCCAAGAACAGUUUGGUGAUGAACAAUGCCUUUUCCAGCAUGAUGGAGCACCUUGCCAUAAGGCAAAAGUGAUAACUAAGUGGCUCGGGGAACAAAACAUCAACAUUUUGGGUCCAUGGCCAGGAAACUCCCCAGACCUUAAUCCCAUUGAGAACUUGUGGUCAAUCCUCAAGAGGCAGGUGGACAAACAAAACCCCACAAAUUCUGACAAACUUCAAGCAUUGAUUAUGCAAGAAUGGGCUGCCAUCAGUCAGAAUGUGGCCCAGAAGUUAAUUGACAGCAUGCCAGGGCGGAUUGCAGAGGUCUUGAAAAAGAAGGGUCAACACUGCAAAUAUUGACUCUUUGCAUAGACUUCUUGUAAUUGUCAAUAAAAGCCUUUGACACUUAUGGAAUGCUUGUAAUUAUACUUCGGUAUACCAUAGUAACAUCUGACAAAAAUAUCUCAUAACACUGAAGCAGCGAACUUUGUGAAGACCAAUACUUGCGUCAUUCUCGAAACUUUUGACCACGACUGUAUGAUCUGUCAUUUUUAGCUUUAGUGAAUGUGACAUCCCUUAGUGACAUGUUUGUCUCUCUCUCUCUUUCUCUGUCCUCUCUGUGGUGCCUUGCAGUGGCCGUAUGGGGACAUCUGCGGCAUCACCCCGGUGGGCAAGGGCCAGGGCACCGAGUUCAACCUUACAUUCCGCAAGGGCAGCGGCAAGAAGUCGGAAACGCUCAAGUUCUCCACAGAGCACCGGACAGAGCUGCUCACAGAGGCACUGGUGAGAGAACACACAAUUGGUUCUGGAAGAAUAUAACUUGUAAAUACCACAGGAGCUUAGUUCAGAUGCCUUAGCUCAUCAGGACCCAAAAUAUAAGCUUGUUUUAGCCGAUUGUUUGUAAACCAUAUCAUUGUAAACAAUGUAUAAUUUCAGUCCAUAGCCCCAUCUAUACAUUUGAGUGGUUAGAUUUCUGAAGCCCCACCCCUCAGCUGUUUACCCAAAAAAGUGGUGGGAUUACAUUUCACAUUUUACUCGUUUAGCAGACGCUCUUAUCCAGAGCAAUUUACAGGCGUAAUUAGGGUUAAGUGCCUUGCUCAAGGACACAUCGACAGAUGUUUCACCUAGUCAGCUCCGGGAUUCAAACCAGCAACCUUUUUGUUACUGGCCCAACGCUCUUAACCGCUAGGCUACCUGGGAUAACUGCUUUGUCAUUGUUUGAAUCCCAGAUUGCCCCUUUAAUCACCUACUCCCACCACCAGCACAAUUGGCCCAGUGUCGUCCAGCGUAGGGGAGGGAAUGGCCGGCAGGGAUGUAGCUCAGUUGGUAGAGCAUGGCGCUUGCAACGCCAGGGUUGUGGGUUCGAUUCCCACGGGGGGCCAGUAUGAAAAAAUAAUGUAUGCACUCACUAACUGUAAGUCGCUCUGGAUAAGAGCGUCUGCUAAAUGACUAAAAUGUAAAAAAAUAGCAUCAGCCAUUCUUUUUGCAUGAGAACACUCACAACACAUUAGCAACAGUGGCCGACUGUAGGUUGCUUUAUAAACACCAUCACAUACAUUAAACGGCAUGAAGUUAUCAAGAAUGCACGCACACACACAAGGACAGAUCUAAAUUGCAGGGAAGGCGAAAAAGAAUUGCUGCAAAAACACUCAUUGUCAAAAAAAAUUGCUUAAGUUUCUAGCGCUCGCAAGUUACAGGUCCCUUGACACAGCUGGUUCUCACACACCACGCAGAAAACAAAAUGUGUUGAUAUCAUGAAAUCAUUUAUUCUGAAGAGGUGUAAGAGACUCUCUAAUGAGUUUGAUAUUUUCCAUAAGAAUUAGACCAGAUACAGUAAUAGUGCUGAUCUAGGAUCAGCCCCCCUGUAUCACGUAGUGUUCUUCAUUAUGGUGUAGUAGACAAAACAGGUCUAAAUUCAGCACUGAGAAGUAUUAUGAAUACGGGCCCAGGUAACAGUGGAUACAUGUUUAAUCUGAUCUCUCUUUCUCUCUGCAGAGAUUCAGAACAGACUUCUCAGAGGGAAAGAUAACUGGCAGUGUAAGUAUUGACUGAGAGAAUGGAGAAAAGAGGGAGGGAAUGAAAAAACCUGAACGAAAGAGUGAAAGGAGAACCGAAAGCAUGAAAUGCUCCUUUACAGAAUGCAUGACCUCACUAUAUAGUGGAGAAUAGAGGGGGGGGGGGACAAAUGAGUAAAACAAACACCCCACACACCCCAGGACUAUGUUGAGUAGAGCAGAGAGGAGGAGGAGGAGGAGGAGGAGGAGGAGGAAGAAGAAGAAGGGCAGAGUGACGCAGCCUCUAGUUGUUCUUCCUGAGUUGAUGAUAAAAUGAUAUGUGUCCUCUCUCUGUGUUUCUUGCUCUCUCUCUCUCUCUCUCGGUCUCGCUCUCUAUCGCUCUCUUGCUCUCUCUCUCUCUCCCCCUCCCUCCCUCCCUCUCCCGCGCUGAGCCGGUCUAGCAGACACAGUCAGGAACCCUGAGGAUUUGAUUUAGUGUCUCACAUGGCGUCCAAAAUGGCACCCUAUUCCCAAUGUAGUGCCGCUCGCUCUGGUUUCAAAGUAGUACACUAUAUAGAGAGAAUAGUGUGCCAUUUGGGACGGAGCCUCUGUCUGUGUUUGUGUUCUCCUCCAUCAGCACAAUCCCAUUUCCCUGGGAGAGAGAGGUUGGAAUAGAGCAGCUGCUCGCGCGCUCCCCUAAGGGUGACUUUCAUCUACAGCACAGAUCAAUACAACUUCCUGGUGAUCUCAUCAAAGAGAAGCACUAUGGUUGCGUCUCAAAUGGCACCUUAUUCCUUAAAGGCCCUGGUCAAAAGUACUGCACUACAUUGGGAAUAGGGUGCCAUUUGGAACAGUGCACUAUGUUUUUAAAAGGGCAGCCAGGCACAGACAUAACGAAUAUCUUCAUAUUUUCUUAAAGCAGGGUCUUGCAUAGUGGUUCACUUUCUAUAUCCAUUAGUUGUGAGGGGUAACAAUGGACUUUGUCAGUUUGAUUGGUUUGUGUUUGAAUGUCUGAUAGCUCUCUAAGCGUUAUCACGCCUAUCUCUGGUCCGGGGUGUUACUGUAUGUGCGGCUUGUUGAUGCUGAGCCUUCCCCAAGCUGCACGUAACGCCCUGGACCAGAGCUAUAUCAUGCCGUGAUGCCAUGACCAGUUUUGUCCACUUUGUUAACAUGUGUGUCCCUCCCGCCAGCGCUACAACUGUUACAAGCACCACUGGAGCGAUACACGGAAAUUGGUGAGCCUGGAGGUGACCCCGGGGGGAAUCGACCAGAUCGACCCCCAGACCAACCGGGUGGUGUGCUCCUACGACUACCGCUCUGUGGAGGGCUUCGCAGAGGUGAACGACUACCAGGGGGGCUUCUGCAUCCUCCAUGGGGGCUUCAGCCGCCUGGUACGUACCUGGGGGGUAGGGUGUACGUGUGCAUCUGAGUCUCUAAAGGCUUGUUUAAUUGUCUGUGUGAAAAUAUGUGUUUAUUCCCUUGAGAAAUUCCACUGUCCAGGACUGACUCACAUACUGUUUUUAUUGCAUUCUCUUUCCACCUUCCCAUCCCUCUUUCUCCACCUUCCCAUCCCUCUUUCUCCACCUUCCCAUCCCUCUUUCUCCACCUUCCCCAUCCCUCUUUCUCCACCUUCCCAUCCCUCUUUCUCCACCUUCCCAUCCCUCUUUCUCCACCUUCCCAUCCCUCUUUCUCCACCUUCCCAUCCCUCUUUCUCCACCUUCCCAUCCCUCUUUCUCCACCUUCCCAUCCCUCUUUCUCCACCUUCCCAUCCCUCUUUCUCCACCUUCCCAUUCCUCUUUCUCCACCUUCCCAUUCCUCUUUCUCCACCUUCCCAUCCCUCUUUCUCCACCUUCCCAUCCCUCUCUCUUUCCUGACAUCCUUCUCCGUCUCUCCCCCUAUCCCAUCCCUCUCUCUCUCCACCUCCCCAACUUCCUCUCUAUCUCCCCCAUCUAUGCCCCUCUCCCCAACCCCCUCAGCACCUGUUUGCCUCAGAGCAUCGGGACGAGAUCAUCAAAAGUGCCAUUGAGCAUGCGGGCAACUUCAUUGGCAUCACGCUGCGGCUGCGUAAGGACCCACUGACCUUCGAGGACUUUGUGAUGGACCGACUUGGGAAGUACGGCUCGGACGAGUGCAUAACCUCCCUGGCAGAGUUUGUGGUGCAGAAGGUCUCCCCGCGCCACUCGGUCAGAAUCUCUAACUGCUAUCACUAUUGUUCUUUCAAUUACUUUUAUAAAUGACCUGUUUAUUUGACCUGUUGAUCUUUUUAUGAGGAGAUUUUGACUUUAUUAGGACAUCGAGAUGGACAUUUGCUUUGUAGUCAAAUGGCCCUUAUCAACUUGAGACUAACUUCUCUUGUGCUGUUUGUCCCUGGCAGGAGCCCAUCAAGAGGAUCCUGUGCCUGACAGAGACAUGUCUGGUGGAGAGAGACCCAGCCUCCUACAACGUAGUCACCGUCAAGCCCUUUGGAGAGGUGGGUGGCUGCUACAAUUCCUACACAAACACUGGGGCUGACCCAUAGAGUUGGUAGAAGUCUCCAUUUUCCUUGAUGUGUUAUAAUGUGGAUUUCAGAAAUGUUCUGUUCUAUUCAUUCUAUUUCUAUGACCUGACCUCUGCCUCAGGCUCUUUAAAUGCCAUGUUUGUCUUUUUCAAGUAAAUUGCACUGAAGCACCGUUGUGUUAGUGUAAUUUGCAGUAAACUGUGUGUGUGUGCGUGCGCAGGUGUUUGCGCUCAUCUGCGAUGUGGAGAACCCCCAGGUGUUCACCAUAGAGUUCAUCAGAGGCCAGAUCAGGAAGUACUGCUCCACAGACAGGUACAGCACAAAACAGCUCUAUAAUGGCAAAUGUCAUAUUUGCCCUCCCCUGUUUCCAUUCGCACCCUGCUCGUACAGUAUGUAAUAUAUUUCCCUAUCCUGCAUCACUGUCUUUUUAUUUAUCGUCUAUGUGUGUGUGCGUCAUAUCUGCAUAUACUUGUCUCUCUCCAGUGACUUAAUUCGAUGUGUACGUGUGUUUAGGGACUCCCUGAUGGCCAGCCUGCUGGACGGGGUGCGUGCGUCGGGGAACAGGGACGUGUGUGUGAAGAUGGCCCCCACCCAGCGGGGCCAGCGCUGGGGCCUAAUGAGUAUGCCCGUGGACGAGGAAGUGGAGAGCCUGCACCUCAAAUUCCUAGCAGCACCUCCUAGUGAGUGACACCCCUAUCACAGGUUUGAUAUUUGACCUGGGGUGUGUUCAGUAGGCACUAAAUGGAAGAAAACUGAGUUAAACUGGGAGGUACUACCUGAGCUUGUCCAAUUGGAAUCGCUCAUUUUUGUUUUCAGUUACAAAACAUUUUGCUAAGGUGUGCCCUAAUGAAUACAACCCUGAAAUGGCCAGUUGAAUAUUGUAUCUCUAAAGGAUUGAGGGUUUGACUUAGAGUUCUCAUUCUCAGGCCGAACCCGACGGGGCCCGACUGCCUCAAAUUCUGUGAAUUGAUUCAGGCUGGGCGGGUUUCCGGCGUGCCGUGAUGUGUUAAAGAAAAACUGAGCGUGUCUGUGCACUUUUUAGCCUAAUACAGCUCUCUCAGCUGCAACCGCUGGGGGCCCUAGCGGGGCCAGGAUUCAGAUAUUGGCCAGAGAAAUUUGUGGCCAUGUUUCAAAUUGCGAUACAAAUAUGCUGGAGUGAGAAUGAUGAUCCACAAGACCACGACAGGCAGCGCAGCUCAGAAUCAGGAGAAGCACAUUGAUUGAUUAUCAGACAAGACGCAGGCUUUUGGUCAGGAGUAGGAUGACUAUGCGAAUGAAGAGGAAAAUCCACUUGUUAAGCUACAUAACAUGCUAGCAAAAUGUUCUGACCAGCUAAUAUAUCAGCAAACUAGAAUAAAGAUGAUCCUGAGCACUCACCUCAACUUAGCUAACAUUUCCCCAGCCUAAUGGUUACCAAAUAUUGUGUCUGUCUGUCUGAGUGUGUCUGUCUGUCUGAGUGUGUCUGUCUGUCUGAGUGUGUCUGUCUGUCUGAGUGUGUCUGUCUGUCUGAGUGUCUGUCUGUCUGAGUGUGUCUGUCUGUCUGUCUGUCUGAGUGUGUCUGUCUGUCUGUCUGUCUGAGUGUGUCUGUCUGUCUGAGUGUGUGUGUUUGUGUGUAAAUGAUGUACAGUGGGGAGAACAAGUAUUUGAUACACUCUGUCACUACAGCCCACAGUGAACUUCCCCUCACCAUCUCACAACACUGGCGUAUCCAUUUCACACAUCACUUCUCACUUGAGCACUAAGUGCUUCACUUGAGCAUACUGUCUUGUUAAAAAUGGGCCGUGACAUGAAAAGUGUUUUUCGAGGGAUGAGGGAGAAUUGUUCCAGCUGCAUAAGACAGGUGGUGUGAGAUCCAAGGAAGAGCAGAGAUGCCUAAUAAAGCCUGCAUUCACUGCUAUGAGGAAGUUCAUAUAAGGUGUCUCUUAGAACAAAUGCAAGUCAUCUCUAGCAUGCUGACAUACAGUACCAGUCAAAGGUUUGGACACACCCACUCAUUCAAGGGUUUUUCUUUAUUUGUACUAUUUUCUACAUUGUAGAAUAAUAGUGAAGACAUCAAAACUACGAAAUAACACAUAUGGAAUCAUGUAGUAAACAAAAAAGUGUUAAAAAAAUCCAACUAUAUUUUAUAUUUGAGAUUCUUCAAAUAGCCACCCUUUGCCUUGAUGACAGCUUUGCACACUCUUGGCAUUCUCUCAACCAGUUUCAUGAGGUAGUCACCUGGAAUGCAUUUCAAUUAACAGGUGUGCCUUCUUAAAAGUUAAUUUGUGGAAUUUCUUUCCUUCUUAAUGCGAUUGAGCCAAUCAGUUGUGUUGUGACAAGGUAGUGGGGUAUACAGAAGAUAGCCCUAUUUGGUAAAAGACUAAGUCCAUAUUAUGCAAGAACAACUCAAAUAAGCAAAGAGAAACGACAGUCCAUCAUUACUUUAAGACAUGAAGGUCAGUCAAUACGGAACAUUUCAAGAACUGAUGUUUCUUCAAGUGCAGUCGCAAAAACCAUCAGGUGCUAUUAUGAAACUGUCUCUCAUGAGGACCACCACAGGAAUGGAAGACCCAGAGUUACCGCUGCUGCAGAGGAUAAGUUCAUUAGAGUUACCAGCCUCAGAAAUUGCAGCCCAAAUAAAUGCUUCACAGAGUUCAAGUCACAGACACAUCUCAACAUCAACUGUUCAGAGGGGACUGUGUGAACCAGGCCUUCAUGGUCAAAUUGCUGCAAAGAAACCACUACUAAGGGACUUGCUUGGGACAAGACACACAAGCAAAGGACAUUAGACUGGUGGAAGUCUGUCCUUUGGUCUGAUGAGUCCAAAUUGGAGAUUUUUAGUUCCAACCGCCAUGUCUUUGUGAGACGCAGAGUAGGUGAACGGAGGAUCUUAGUGGGACUAUUAUUUGUUUUUCAACAGGACAAUGACCCAAAACACACCUCCAGGCUGUAUAAGGGCUAUUUGACCAAGAAGGAGAUUGAUGGAGUGCUGCAUCAGAUUACCUGGCCUCCACAAUCCCCCGACCUCAACCCAAUUGAGAUGGUUUGGGAUGAGUUGGACCGCAGAGUGAAGGAAAAACAGCCAACAAGUGCUAAGCAUAUGUGGGAACUCAAGCUCUGUCAGGUUGGAUGGGGAGCGUUGCUUCACAGCUAUUUGCAUGUCUCUCCGGAGAUGUUCGAUCGGGUUCAAGUCCGGGCUCCGGCUGGGCCAUUUAAGGACAUUCAGAGACUUGUCCCGAAGCCAUUCCUGCGUUGUCUUGGCUGUGUGCUUAGGGUCAUUGUCCUGUUGGAAGGUGAACUGAUGAUGGCCACUGUGUUCUUGGGGACCUUCAAUGCUGCAGAAUUUUGUUGGUACCGUUCCCCAUAUCUGUGCCUCGACACAAUCCUGUCUCGGAGCUCUACGGACAAUUCCUUCGACCUCAUGGCUUGGUUUUUGCUCUGAUAUGCACUGUCAACUGUGGGACCUUUUAUAUAGACAGGUGUGUGCCUUUCCAAAUCAUGUCCAAUCAAUUGCAUUUACCACAGGUGGACUCCCAAGUUGUAGAAACAUCUGAAGAAUGAUCAAUGGAAACAGGAUGCGGCUGAGCUCAAUUUCGAGUCUCAUAGCAAAGGGUCUGAAUACUUAUGUAAAUAAGGUAUUUCUGUUUUUUAUUUUAAUAACUUUGCAAACAUUUCUAAAAACCUGUUUUCGCUUUGUCAUUAUGGGGUAUUGUGUGUAGAUUGCUGAGGAUUUUUAUGUUUGUUAUCCAUUUUAGAAUAAGGCUGUAACGUAACAAAAUGUGGAAAAAGUCAAGGGGUCUGAACACUUUCCCAAGGCACUGUAUAUAUAUAUAUAUAUAUAUAUAUAUAUAUAUAUAUAUGUGUAUAUAUGUGUGUGUAUGUAUGUAUGUGUAUUAACAUUUGAAUGCUGAAGGUACCGCGCAGAUGUGCAAGAUCAGGCCGCCUACUUGGCUUUGGUCAGUGCGUGAAGCUGGGCACAGUGCGCAGUUUGACUACAGUAGGCUACGGAUCUUGCCUGGGGUAUACAAAAUUACCUGUCAACACCGUUACAUGCUUAGUUUGACACUGAAGGUGAGGACGCAUCAGUUGUCACAAAAGAUGAGGUAUUUUCAGAAGGUAGAAAGAAUGUAAUAUAAAAAUAAAAAAUAAAUGUGAACCGGCGAUUCGUCAUGUUUGAGUCGAUUUUCUGACCGAUGCAUGCUACAUUUGGAUCGGUUUGGGAUUUGCGGACUGAUGCUCUUAAACAUUUCAAUCAGGGACCGAUACUUAUCGAUGAAUCAUUACAUCCCUACCAAAUAUCCAAACGGAGAUUCAGUGAAAACAAAAAUCUGACAUUGAUUUUAUUUAUCAAAAUUUUCCCCCACGCUUGUCUCAAACCAGCUUGGCUCAUUCGCUGCCCUGAAACUUCUCCCCAGGUCGUUGCUGUAAAUGAGAAUGUGUUCUCAGUCAACUUACCUGGUAAAAAAUAAAGAAAAGGGAAUGAUGCUGUCCCAAUCAAAACAGUGUUGAGAUGAUCAUCUAGGUGACCACACAUGACUAUUGCUUUACAUUUGUAUAACGGUUGGAUAUGACUUUGGGAGUUUCAGUUAAAGCAACAUAAUGAUCCAUAUCUUUAAUUACAUUAGCUUACUUUAUUCCAAUAUUUUAAGGUGAGUUUUCCUCUCUUGAGUUUUUUCUAGGCCCAAGGGCAGUUUCCUCUUCUCCGCAUUGUUCUCAACACCAGCUUAAAUCAAUAUAUUGUUUUCUAGAAAUCUGCCCUUUUCGGGUAUUGGCCUCAUUUAAUUUAUGUAACGGGGGGCCAGUAUGAAAAAUUUAUGCACUCACUAAUUGUAAGUCGCUCUGGAUAAGAGUGUCUGCUAAAUGACUAAAAUGUCAAUUGGAUCACAAAAAAAUAAAUAAUGUAAUGUCGGACCGGGCUUAGGCUUUAAUUUUCAGGCUCGAUGAGAACUGUAGUUUGACUCAGUGUCUCUGUCUGUCUCCCUCAGAUGGAAACUUUGCAGACGCAGUGUUCAGAUUCAAUGCUAACGUAUCCUACAGUGGCGUGCUGCAUGCUGUCACCCAAGACGUGAGUGUGUUCAAACCUACCAAAGAGAGUGUGUGUGUCUGUCUGUCUGUCUGUGUAUUAGACCUACCUUAACGCUCCUUUCCUCCGCCCGUCUCUCAGGGUCUGUUUUCGGAGAACAAGGAGAAGCUGAUCAGCAACGCCAUCUUGGCCCUGCUGUCCCAGGAGUGUGAGCUGCCAGGCCCCAACGCCGAGCUGGAGAGCCACUUUCACGCCAUCCGACGCCUCGUGGCCUCCAAGGCAGGUUUCCAGGCCUUCACACAGCUGCCCAAGUAAGGCCUCAACGCGCACACACACACACACUGCUACCCUUUCUUCCUGACUUUCCGUCUCUCCUCUCACUACCCCUCUCUCCCUCCUUCAAAGCUCUGACUGUCUAAUUGUGCUCUUCACCACUCCCCACCUCUGCUACAUCCAUUUCCUCUUUCCAUCCCCCUCUCCUACUGAUAGUUAUUGCUAUGCAGUGUUGUGUAGUAGUGUUGUGGUAAGCGUGUAGGUAACAGACAUGCUCUGUCAUUCCAAGGUCUGGUCAAGGGUCUGGAUUCACAGAUGGAACGUAAAUAUGAAUCCAUACAUCUCAGUCUGCCCUCUCUGUCUGUGUGCCCUCUGUCUGACUGUCUCUCAGGGUCUGUCUGUCUGCACUCUCUGUCUGUUUGCCCUCUCUCUCUGCCUCUGUCUGUCUGACCUCCUCCUCUCUCUGUCUGACUCACUGACUGACUACGUCUGUCUGUCUGCCUCUGUCUGUUUGCUCUGUAUCUGUCUGUCUGCCGCUGACGAUCUUUGUCUGUUUGCUUGUCUCUGUCUGUCUCUCUGGCCUGCAGUCUGUCUGGCCUGCUAUCUGUCUGUCUGGCUGUCUGCUCUCCUUUCUCAUUUCAUGUGUGUCAUACACUGGGAGAGCAAAAGAGAAGUGAUGCCAUCCGUCCAUCUCUCUUCUCCACCUCUGUCUGCCUGUGUGUGCUUAUCUCUUUCUGUCUUUAUUUCUCUCUCGAUCAGGGUCUCUCUCUCUCUCUCUCGCAUAUAUCCAGGACACUGUCUCUCUCUCCUCCGGGGUCACUGAGAUGUAUGAGAGGAUGCGUAUUUCUAUUCUUUGUUCCUGUGGAAUUGAGAAUGAACUCCCAGACCCCUUUUAAAAUGAUAUUUGUAUAUCAAAUAUGAGGCCCUUUUUGAAUUUCCAAUGACUCCCCCUUGUAUCCCUAUCAUGUCAAUGAAAUGAAUGAGUGAGUCUCGGUCUAGUUUAAUCUGUGUGUGUGUGUGUGUGUGUGUGUGUGUGUGUGUGUGUGUGUGUGUGUGUUGCAGGUUCCGUGAGAAGUUGGGGGUGAAAACAGUGAAAGCUCUGAAGAGGAACAACAACGGCGUGACACACGGCGCCAUAGACAUGCUCUGUGCUCUUAUGUGUGUAAGUGCCAUUUGAGCAGGUACUGAAAGCGCACACACACAGACCAUCUUACACACAAUAUUAUUGUGGCGACAUGACGGUACAGAGAAUGUGACUGCUUUUGGUACUGCACAAUUUAAAUUGAAUAGCAAUUUUUAUUUGUAGCCGAUGCACGAUGACUACGACCUGCGUCAGGAGCAACUGAACAAGGCCUCCCUGAUGUCGUCCAAGAAAUUCCUGGAGAACCUUCUAGAGAAGUUUGUCAGCAACGUGGUACGUGUGUCAGCCUCAACCUCUACUAACCUUUUUUGUUGGUCGUGCCGAAACCCAGCAGUCAACAUUUACAUUUUAGUCAUUUAACAGACGCUCUUAUCCAGAGCGACUUACAGUUAGUGAGUGCAUACAUUAAUUUUUUUCAACCAAAGGAAGCCAUCUUGCUUCGUUAUUGACAGUCUCCUUUACACUCUUUUAUUCUUCUUCCCCUUCUCUACCCUCCCUCUCUCCAGGACCACGGCACAGGGGCACUGGUGAUCAGCUCACUGCUGGACUUCCUGACCUUUGCCCUGUGCGCCCCCUACAGCGAGACCAGCGAGGGCCAGCAGUUUGAUAUGCUGCUGGAGAUGGUGGCCUCCAACGGGCGCACCCUCUUCAAACUCUUCCAGGUAGCUAGGAAGGGUGAGAGAAUGGUAGUAUGGAAUCCAACGGGUAUGCUCCGUUUUAGUUUGGAUUUCAAGCUAAGACUAAGAGAAAGGGGAAAUGAUGGGAGGAUUGUUGAUUUUUAAGGAAAAACGCUUAAAGAAAGAGUGUGAAAGGUGUGGUGGAGGUGGGUAAAACGAAGACAAAUGGAAAAGAAAAAAAGGCGUUGUCUUUGUAUACAGUAUAAGGUACAGUGGGGAGAACAAGUAUUUGAUACACUGCCGAUUUUGCAGGUUUUCCUACUUACAAAGCAUGUAGAGGUCUGUAAUUUUUAUCAUAGGUACACUUCAACUGUGAGAGACGGAAUCAGAAAAUCCAGAAAAUCACAUUGUAUGAUUUUUAAGUAAUUAAUUUGCAUUUUAUUGCAUGACAUAAGUAUUUGAUCACCUACCAACCAUUAAGAAUUCCGGCUCUCACAGACCUGUUAGUUUUUCUUUAAGAAGCCCUCCUGUUCUCCACUCAUUACCUGUAUUAACUGCAUCUGUUUGAACUCGUUACCUGUAUAAAAGACACCUGUCCACACACUCAAUCAAACAGACUCCAACCUCUCCACAAUGGCCAAAACCAGAGAGCUGUGUAAGGACAUCAGGGAUAAAAUUGUAGACCUGCACAAGGCUGGGAUGGGCUACAGGACAAUAGGCAAGCAGCUUGGUGAGAAGGCAACAACUGUUGGCGCAAUUAUUAGAAAAUGGAAGAAGUUCAAGAUGACGGUCAAUCACCCUCGGUCUGGGGCUCCAUGCAAGAUCUCACCUCGUGGGGCAUCAAUGAUCAUGAGGAAGGUGAGGGAUCAGCCCAGAACUACACGGCAGGACCUGGUCAAUGACCUGAAGAAAGCUGGGACCACAGUCUCAAAGAAAACCAUUAGUAACACACUACGCCGUCAUGGAUUAAAAUCCUGCAGCGCACGCAAGGUCCCACUGCUCAAGCCAGCGCAUGUCCAGGCCCAUCUGAAGUUUGCCAAUGACCAUCUGGAUGAUCCAGAGGAGGAAUGGGAGAAGGUCAUGUGGUCUGAUGAGACAAAAAUAGAGCUUUUUGGUCUAAACUCCACUCGCUGUGUUUGGAGGAAGAAGAAGGAUGAGUACAACCCCAAGAACACCAUCCCAAACGUGAAGCAUGGAGGUGGAAACAUCAUUAUUUGGGGAUGCUUUUCUGCAAAGGGGACAGGACGACUGCACCAUAUUGAGGGGAGGAUGGAUGGGGCCAUGUAUCGCGAGAUUUUGGCCAUCAACCUCCUUCCCUCAGUAAGAGCAUUGAAGAUGGGUCGAGGCUGGGUCUUCCUCUACAUGCUUUGUAAGUAGGAAAACCUGCAAAAUCGGCAGUGUAUCAAAUACUUGUUCUCCCCACUGUAUGUGUGACUAUCUGUUUUGAUGUGACCCAUUUAACAGUCUCAGUGAGUUUCUCUUUUUGUUUUUAGCACCCCUCUAUGGCCAUUGUGAAGGGAGCAGGCCUGGUCAUGAAGGCCAUCAUUGAGGUGAGGCUGGGGGAGCAGGUCUUGAUAUGGAAAAGAGGUGAAUUUUGAUGAUUAUAUUGCUAAUGAUAUUGGUGAUGAUUAUGAUGAUCAAGAAGAAUAUUUGUUUUGUUUAUUAGGAGGGGGAUAAGGAGAUAGCCACUAAGAUGCAGGAGCUGGCUCUGAGUGAGGGGGCCCUGCCCAGACACCUACACACCUCCAUGUUCACAAUCAGCUCAGACCAGAGGAUGCUCACCAACAGGUAAAGGACAUUCGGUCGAAAUCAGUUUACUUCCGAUUUAUACACACAUCUCCCAUAACAUCCAUGCAUGAUUUACUCAAAAGUCCAAAUUACGCAUCCUUAUCUCAAUUUAGGAUUCUGACAAACUCACUCAUGGUUUUUAACUGUUUUCCCACAGGCAGCUAAGUCGUCACCUUGUGGGCCUGUGGACAGCAGAGAACCCCAUCGCCAUGAACCUCCUCAAGAGAAUACUGGUGAGGCUCCAGACAGGUGUUCAGGCAAUUCACUUGUGUACCAUCCAUACUGUCAGGGGCAGGGAACUUGAUAUUGUGUACAGUCUCUCCAUCUUUUACUCUCUCUCCAUCUCUCCCACCCUCAGCCGACGGGGCUGCUGGCGUACCUGGACAGCCCUGAUCCAGUCCCGGAGAAAGACGUGGACAGGAUGCACAUCCGAGACAACGUCAAGAUCGCCACGGUAAUCUGUUGUAGCGACACUAGCCCAGAUUCCCCUUUACCCACUCCAUACUCUAUUGUGGUACCUUUAGAAAUUAAUGUGUGCUUGUAUGUUAACAGUACUGUAUAUUUUUCCCCGUUUGUCCACUACAGGACCAGUUUGGUCGGCAAAAGGUGCCUGACUGGCAGCGGGUGGCGGGCAAAGCAGCCAAAGAGGUGGAGAAGUUUGCCAAGGAGAAGGCCGACAUCGUGCUGAUGCACUGGAGGGACAAGAUGGGCAUUGCCCAGAAGGAGGUGAGGAGGGACUCACUGCUCGCUUUUCUCCCCCCAUUCAGGGGCUCCAUUCUGGGCCAGUAGCUCUAUUGGUGAUGCCCUCAUUCUGGCUCCGCUGGCUCUUGCUCCUUCUGCUGGCGCUGAGUGGUAUUGUAGACUCCCGAGUCACACUCUACUGCGUCCAUAUCUGUCUGCUGGACUGGUCCAGGUACUGUAGUACCAGUUAGCAUGGCUAGCAUCCAGCAGCUUUGCCAUUACCUGGCUUCGGGGAGACACUCGGGCAACCUGUUGUUUUUGAACCACAUUCGAACAAACCCUUUGCUAUGCUGUUUUUGACGCCGCUGAGCAGAUAUGCGCCGCUUACUUCAUGUGUGGUGUCUACGCUUGUCUACAUGUGUCAGAGGGAUCCACAGAGAUCUUUUUAAAGUGUAUUGGGAUUUCUAUUAAAACUGUUGGUGCAGUUAUGACUUCUACUUUGGGCAACUAAGUGUAUGAAUGAUGCCACUGAUUGAGUAACCCUGUGCGUUAUGGUGACAGAAUGUAAUGCAAGCAUUUACAGUAACAUAGUUAGUGUUGUGCGGUAGCAAAAACGGUAAAUUAGAUGUCUUGUUAGGACUAAUGUGUGUUCUUGAGUAGAGCAGACCAUAUGACUGGGUCAGUCAUUAACAGAAGACUCUCUGCCCUCCUGUCCUGUAUGGGGUCACAGCUGCCUCGCUGCUCUGGCUCCGCUUCAAGUCUUUAAUCGAAUCACCUUUUCUAUCAACUGGGCCACGACGCUGCCACAAACCGAAGUUCACCUAUACUAUAUAAUAAUAUGGCCAUCACUGGGGUUUUCCUGGGAUUUUCUCGCACUACACUAGUUUUUCUUCGUCUAGGUACUAAGAUAAAUAGGAACUUAUUAGUGCGGAUUCUGAAUGAGACAGUUGUUAAUGGCUUACUGUGGGUAUAGGUGAUUCCAGCUCAAAUCAAUCAUUUAAUUUACAUUUCUUUCCUUUAUCUGCCAACACAAACACUCAAUCACUACCACAACUGUUGUGAUUUGUAUUUAAUUAUUAUUAAUUUGAUUAUAUAGUAAAAAAAAUAUAUAUAUAUAUAUAUAUAUAUAUCAUUGCAUAAGGUGGUGAAUCGUACUGUUUUUGUCGAUAAAGAUUUUGAUAAUGAUGCAGAUGACCUUUGACCUAACUUUAUUGAGAAGCAUCUCUGUUUGAUCCGACUGAGGACCAAUAAUCUCUCUCUGUUGUCUCUUGCCCCACCCACCCCCUCUUGUCUGUUGUGGUUCUCGGCUGUCAAUCAAAUGCAGCAGGACAGAAAUAACCCGGUAAGUAGAACUGACCAAUGGGAACCCCUCUUCCACCCUCUUGACCCCUCCCUCUUUUACCUGUCAGUCAUUUAGAGUUCAUGCAACAUGUUGUGGGAUCCCAUCUCUGUAUUUAGAUUUUUGUCACUGUUUAUGUCAAAGGUUGUGUGUUUUUGUUGGUGUUUGUUAUCAUCACAGUAUUUUUCACCUGGUGGUCGGUGACAUUAAACGUUGUCCGUCCAUUUGAAUUCAUUAAUACAGUAAAACAUUUAUUUGUGAAAAACUUACUAUAUAUAUAUAUACACACACACACACAUACAGUGGGGAGAACAAGUAUUUGAUACGCUGCCGAUUUUGCAGGUUUUCCUACUUACAAAGCAUGUAGAGGUCUGUAAUUUUUAUCAUAGGUACACUUCAACUGUGAGAGAUGGAAUCUAAAACAAAAAUCCAGAAAAUCACAUUGUAUGAUUUUUAAGUAAUUAAUUUGCAUUUUAUUGCAUGACAUAAGUAUUUGAUACAUCAGAAAAGCAGAACUUAAUAUUUGGUACAGAAACCUUUGUUUGCAAUUACAGAGAUCAUACGUUUCCUGUAGGUCUUGACCAGGUUUGCACACACUGCAGCAGGGAUUUUGGCCCACUCCUCCAUACAGACCUUCUCCAGAUCCUUCAGGUUUCGGGGCUGUCGCUGGGCAAUACGGACUUUCAGCUCCCUCCAAAGAUUUUCUAUUGGGUUCAGGUCUGGAGACUGGCUAGGCCACUCCAGGACCUUGAGAUGAUUCUUACGGAGCCACUCCUUAGUUGCGCUGGCUGUGUGUUUCGGGUCGUUGUCAUGCUGGAAGACCCAGCCUCGACCCAUCUUCAAUGCUCUUACUGAGGGAAGGAGGUUGAUGGCCAAAAUCUCGCGAUACAUGGCCCCAUCCAUCCUCCCCUCAAUACGGUGCAGUCGUCCUGUCCCCUUUGCAGAAAAGCAUCCCCAAAGAAUGAUGUUUCCACCUCCAUGCUUCACGGUUGGGAUGGUGUUCUUGUGGUUGUACUCAUCCUUCUUCUUCCUCCAAGCUGCAUGCCUAUUGUCCUGUAGCCCAUCCCAGCCUUGUGCAGGUCUACAAUUUUAUCCCUGAUGUCCUUACACAGCUCUCUGGUCUUGGCCAUUGUGGAGAGGUUGGAGUCUGUUUGAUUGAGUGUGUGGACAGGUGUCUUUUAUACAGGUAACGAGUUCAAACAUGUGCAGUUAAUACAGGUAAUGAGUGGAGAACAGGAGGGCUUCUUAAAGAAAAAUUAACAGGUCUGUGAGAGCUGGAAUUCUUACUGGUUGGUAGGUGAUCAAAUACUUAUGUCAUGCAAUAAAAUGCAAAUUAAUUACUUAAAAAUCAUACAAUGUGAUUUUCUGGAUUUUUGUUUUAAAAAUUACAGACCUCUACAUGCUUUGUAAGUAGGAAAACCUGCAAAAUCGGCAGUGUAUCAAAUACUUGUUCUCCCCACUGUGUGUGUGUGUGUGUGUGUGUGUGUGUGUGUGUGUGUGUGUGUGUGUGUGUGUGUGUAUGUAUACAGUGGGGGAAAAAAGUAUUUAGUCAAAUCAAAUCAAAUUUUAUUGGUCACAUGCGCCGAAUACAACAGGUGCAGACAUCACAGUGAAAUGCUUACUUACAGCCCUUAACCAACAGUGCAUUUAUUUUUAACAAAAAAAGUAAAAAUAAAACAACAACAAAAAAAGUGUUGAGAAAAAAAAGAGCAGAAGUAAAAUAAAAUAACAGUAGGGAGGUUAUAUAUACAGGGGGGUACCGGUGCAGAGUCAAUGUGCGGGGGCACCGGCUAGUUGAGGUAGUUGAAGUAAUAUGUACCGGUUGUGCAAGUUCUCCCACUUAAAAAGAUGAGAGAGGCCUGUAAUUUUCAUCAUAGGUACACGUCAACUAUGACAGACAAAAUGAGGGAAAAAAAUCCUGAAAAUCACAUUUUAGGAUUUUUUAUGAAUUUAUUUGCAAAUUAUGGUGGAAAAUAAGUAUUUGGUCAAUAACAAAAGUUUCUCAAUACUUUGUUAUAUACCCUUUGUUGGCAAUGACACAGGUCAAACGUUUUCUGUAAGUCUUCAAGGUUUUCACACACUGUUGCUGGUAUUUUGGCCCAUUCAUCCAUGCAGAUCUCCUCUAGAGCAGUGAUGUUUUGGGGCUGUCACUGGGCAACACAGACUUUCAACUCCCUCCAAAGAUUUUCUAUGGGGUUGAGAUCUGGAGACUGGCUAGGCCACUCCAGGACCUUGAAAUGCUUCUUACGAAGCCACUCCUUCGUUGCCCGGGCGGUGUGUUUGGGAUCAUUGUCAUGCUGAAAGACCCAGCCACGUUUCAUCUUCAAUGCCCUUGCUGAUGGAAGGAGGUUUUCACUCAAAAUAUCACGAUACAUGGCCCCAUUCAUUCUUUCCUUUACACGGAUCAGUUGUCCUGGUCCCUUUGCAGAAAAACAGCCCCAAUGCAUGAUGUUUCCACCCCCAUGCUUCACAGUAGGUAUGGUGUUCUUUGGAUGCAACUCAGCAUUCUUUGUCCUCCAAACACGACGAGUUGAGUUUUUACCAAAGAGUUAUAUUUUGGUUUCAUCUGACCAUAUGACAUUCUCCAAAUGCACUCUAGCAAACUUCAGACGGGCCUGGACAUGUACUGGCUUAAGCAGGGGGACACGUCUGGCACUGCAGGAUUUGAGUCCCUGGCGGCGUAGUGUGUUACUGAUGGUAGGCUUUGUUACUUUGGUCGCAGCUCUCUGCAGGUCAUUCACUAGGUCCCCCCGUGUGGUUCUGGGAUUUUUGCUCACCGUUCUUGUGAUCAGUUUGACCCCACGGGGUGAGAUCUUGCGUGGAGCCCCAGAUCGAGGGAGAUUAUCAGUGGUCUUGUAUGUCUUCCAUUUCCUAAUAAUUGCUCCCACAGUUGAUUUCUUCAAACCAAGCUGCUUACCUAUUGCAGAUUCAGUCUUCCCAGCCUGGUGCAGGUCUACAAUUUUGUUUCUGGUGUCCUUUGACAGCUCUUUGGUCUUGGCCAUAGUGGAGUUUGGAGUGUGACUGUUUGAGGUUGUGGACAGGUGUCUUUUAUACUGAUAACAAGUUCAAACAGGUGCCAUUAAUACAGGUAACGAGUGGAGGACAGAGGAGCCUCUUAAAGAAGAAGUUACAGGUCUGUGAGAGCCAGAAAUCUUGCUUGUUUGUAGGUGACCAAAUACUUAUUUUCCACCAUAAUUUGCAAAUAAAUUCAUAAAAAAUCCUUCAAUGUGAUUUUCUGGAUUUUUUCCCCCUCAAUUUGUCUGUCAUAGUUGACGUGUACCUAUGAUGAAAAUUACAGGCCUCUCUCCUCUUUUUAAGUGGGAGAACUUGCACAAUUGGUGGCUGACUAAAUACUUUUUUCCCCCACUGUGUAUAUAUAUAUAUAUAUAUAUAUAUAUAUAUAUAAUAACAUCUGUCCACAGGGGAUAGAUAAAGUACACGCCAUUCAAUACUAGGGCUGGGAAUUGCCAGGGACCUCACGAUAGGAUAUUAUCACGAUACUUAUGUGCCGAUACGAUAUGUAUUGCUAUUCUCACGUUUCUAUAUGUAUUGAGAUUCGAUACUGUGAUUUUAUUGCGAUUCGAUGUUCCAAACAUAUUGCUCACCACAUGUCUGCUGCAGAGGGACAAGAUGGAGCCAUGAGAACUAGUUUUGAUCAGUCAUAGAAAUAAAAGUGCUGAAAAUAAAUUGGCUCCCUACAUAAAAAGAAGAUGGAGAACAAGCUAUGAAGGAAAAACACUGCAGUUUUGGGGCAGGUACAGCCAACUAGCGCAAAAAUAAUAUUGCGACAUUGUCGAUACGAUAUAUCGUCAAAAAUAAUAUUGUCUACUGGCAAACAAGCUUUGCAGUAAUGAUCAAUUAGCGGAUAUUGCAACUAUUGAAUCCGAAUCAGGUGAAUUACUAUCAGAACCUAAAAUAAUCAACCAAAGAUUCUCCCUUUUCUAUAACGAAUUGUACACCUCUGUUUUGUAAAUCCACACCAAGUCAGAUCAAGUCUUUUUAAAAAGAUAUUAGAACUCCUCUUCUCUCAACGGAGGAAGCCGGCUUGCAGAGAGCCCAACUCUCUUUCUAUGAAGCCAGAAGGGCAUUGGAUACAUGAAUAAAGGCUAAUCACCUGGUUGUGACAGUAUUCCUCCUGAGGUCUAUUUAAAAUUGUAUUAGGUCCUCUGUUACUUCAAAUUAUCAACACAGCCGUUCACAAAGGUUCAUUUGGAAGGGAUGUAAAUACAGCACUAAUUUCGCUUUUAUUUAAAAAAGGUUAAUGACGCCACCCAGUGCUCUCACUAUUGCCUUCUAUCUUUGAUAAACUAUUUUCUAAAAUUCUGUCAUCCCAUCUCGAAACUUACCCAAAUUGGUACAUCUGGACCAAAGCGGAUUUGUUAAAAAAAGAUUAUCCUCAGAUAAUCUCCAUUACAUGCUUCAUCAGAAACCUAAGCUCCUAGGGCAGUUCUAUCUCUCGACGCAGAAAAAGCUUUUGAUAGACUAGAAUGGUCAUAUCUUUGGUCGGUGUUGGAACAUAUGGGACUUGGCUCCAAUUUUCAUUAAUGUGAUUUAAAUAUUAUAUGCCAAUCCCUCAGACAUAGUAAUAACAGGCAAUACCUGCUCUGUUCCGUUCAGAAUAACUACAAGUAGCAGGCAGGGUGAUCCCAUCUCACCUCUGCCAGGUGAAUCCAGGUGAAAGCUAUGAUCCCUUAUUGAUGUCACUUGUUAAAUCCACAGUGUAGAUGAAGGGGAAGAGACGGGUUAAAGAAUGAUUUUUAAGCCUUGAGACAAUUAAGACCUGGAUUGUGUAUGUGUGCCACUGAGGGUGAAUGGGCAAGACAAAAGAUUUAAGUGCCUUUAAAUGGGGGUAUUUCCCGUGUGUAUCAAGAAUGCUCCACCACCCAAAGGACAUCCAGCCAAUUUGACACAACUGUGGGAAGCAUUGGAGUCAAUAUUGGUCCAUUCCUCGACGAAUUGAGGCUGUUCGGAGGGCAACUCAAUAUUAGGAAUGUGUUCCUAAUGUUUGGUAUACUCGGUGUACGCCGACGAUAUCUUACUUUAUCUAGACAAUGUAUCUCAAUCCCUCCCAAACGCUUUGAAGAUCAUAGACAAAUUCAGCUCCAUCUCAAGUUAUAAAAUAAAUCUAACCAAAUCUGCCCUACUGCCUAUCAAGACUUAUGGAAUCCCAAUCGUUUCCCAUUUUAAAUAUUUGGGAAUAGAUAUAUUUCCUUCCUUAGAUAAAACCAUUGUCAGAAACUUUGACAGACCGCUCAAAUGAAUUCAAUCCGACCUCAGUAGAUGGACUAACAUCCCAGUUGCUUUAACUUGCAGAAUAUCUAUUGUCAAAAUUAAUAAUUUGCCACGCCUGAAUUUCUAUAGUUCAAUGAUUCCCUUGUCUCCCCAUUCUGGCUAUUGGGAAAAAGUCCAUAGUGCAGUUUCUAAAUUUAUAUGGCAAGGUAAGCGAUCACUGUUAAAUGCUUCUGGAACAAAGUUACAAGAAUAAUUUCUAAGUGCAUGAAUGUAAAUAUUCAAUGCUUUGCAUCUGCUAUGUUACUUAACAACGAUAGCUCCUUGAAUCUCUCAAUAAAUCGGAGACUAUUACUGCUGGCAGACAGAUGGCAAUCACCUCACUCUCCCAAUUCGCUAGUCGAUACAGUUGCUAUUAGAAGUUAUAACAUUAGGGGAGGUGGGAAGGGGUGGAAAACAUGGCUUCUGGGUGGUGGUUGGUUGGAGGGAGACAUGUUGGAUGGGUGGGGUUGGGGCGAAUGGGGUGGAGGCUCUCUUUAAAAACAUUUUUUUAAUACUGAAUGUUUUGUUACUUUUUGGCUCUUUCAUGCGAGCUAAAUAUUAAAUUAGAUGAAUUAGUGUAUUGUGCAUGUAGCCCCCCCCCCAACAAGAACAAUUUAUAAAGAUUUAGUCACAAAAAUAAAAUAAAUAAAUAUUCCGAUAUGUAUCUAUACAUUUUUCCCCUCCACUCCCAUUGUCUCAUCCUUUCAUGUAGAGCAGUUGUCCAACAACCCAGAGAGAAAGUGUAGUAGUUAGUGACUGACUGACAUUGUUCUUGGCUGCUCUACUACAGAACCCCAAUCAAAAGCCUGUCAUUCUGAGGAAGAGGAGACAGAGGAUCAAGAUUGAAGCCAACUGGGAGCUCUUCUACUACAGGUAGCUACACUUGGUCACGUACUCACAAAAUGACCUCCUUACUGUCUCUCUUACUAUUAUAGGCUUUAUUGUGGGGUUUUUUUUCCGGCGAUCAUUUUUCAUGUAUGUAAUGUUUCUUCAGCUGGAGCAGCCUUCUACUUUAAAUUAUUAAAUAAAUUCAAUCAAUGCAUGAAAAGUUAUUCUUUUGGUUUUGGAUAAGUAGUCCUGUCUUUAUCUCUGGUUCUCCUGUGUCCCAGGUUCCAGUUGGACCACGCGCGGCCCAACCUCAUCUGGAACCUGAAGACACGCGAGGAGCUGCGGGAUGCUCUGGAGGGCGAGAUGAGGGCCUUCGGCGUGGACCGCGAGCUGGGCAACGCUAGCGUCAUCUCCUGGAACCACCAGGAGUUUGAGGUCAGGGGUCAAACCAAAUUACGACCAUAUUAUAUGAUCAUUAAUCAACACAGCAUGUGGAUUGGUAGCUGACGUGUGUGUGUGGGUUGUGUGCGUUUGUGUGUGUGUGUUGCAGGUGAAGUACGAGUGCCUUUCGGAUGAGAUCAAGAUUGGUGAUUAUUACCUGCGUCUGCUGCUGGAAGAGGAUGGGACGGACGAGUCGAGGUCCAUCAAGAGAUCGUAAGACAUCUGCUACCUACAACACGAUCAGCCAUGUCUAAGCCAUCUAAUGACAAUGUUGCUCUUGCAUCCAAUCGAAAGGCAUAAAUUUAAAUGUUUCAAUUGUUACAUUUUCCCAAAGUAAACGUUUCAAACCGCAAUAUCCCUCCGUCCAUACAUCAAUACAGUUCUCUCUCUCUCUCUCUCUCAGGUAUGAGUUCUUCAAUGAGCUCUACCACCGUUUCCUGCUCACGCCUAAAGUCACCAUGAAGUGCCUGUGCCUGCAGGCUCUCACCAUCGUCUAUGGGAAGUGCUGCGAUGAGAUUGGCCCCUUCACCGACACCAAGUACAUCAUGGGCAUGCUGGACCGGGUCAGUGAUGCUGACACAGACACACAGAAGCAGUAUCACAUAGCGCAACAUUUUUGCACGGAUGGGUCAGCCAAAGAUAACUUAAUUGCAGUGCACGCUUGCCCCCACACAAACACGUCGGCAGGGGUUGGAAACUCACUAUAUGAAAGCUGAAGGCUGUCUAAUAAAAUACAGAUUUUAAAAUACCAGUUUUAUAUCAACCCAAAAUAUAUACCUUGUAGGCUAACACAUAAUAACACAAUUUAAUCAAUAUAUACUGAACAAAAAUAUAAACGCAACAUGUAAAGUGUUGGUCUCAUGUUUCAUGAGCUGAAAUAAAAGAUCCCAGAAAUGUUCCAUACGCACAAAAAGCUUAUUUCUCUUAAAUGUUGUGCACAAAUUUGUUUACAUCCCUGUUAGUGAGCAUUUCUCCUUUGCCAAGAUAAUCCAUCCACCUGACAGGUUUGGCAUAUCAAGAAGCUGAUUAAACAGCAUGAUCAUUACACAGGUGCACCUUGUGCUGGGGACAAUAAAAGGCCACUCUAAAAUGUGCAGUUUUGUCACAACACAAUGCCGCAGAUGCCUCCAAGUUUUGAGGGAGCGUGCAAUUGGCAUGCUGACUGCAGGAAUGUCCACCAGAGCUGUUGCCAGAGAAUUGAAUGUUCAUUUCUCUACCAUAAGCCACCUCCAAUGUCGUUUUAGAGAAUUUGGCAGACCACGUGUAUGGCGUUGUGUGGGCGAGCGGUUUGCUGAUGUCAAAGUUGUGAACAGAGUGCCCCAUGGUGGCGGUGGGGUUAUGGUAUGGGCAGGCAUAAGCUACGGACAACGAGCACGAUUGCAUUUUAUCGAUGGCAAUUUGAAUGCACAGAGAUACAGUGAUUAGAUCCUGAGGCCCAUUCUCAUGCCAUGUCGCAAGGAUCUGUACACAGUUCCUAGAAGCUGAAAAUGUCUGUCAUUCCAUGGCCUGCAUACUCACCAUACAUGUCACCCACUGAGCAUGUUUGGGAUGCUUUGGAUCGACGUGUACGACAGCGUGUUCCAGUUCCCGCCAAUAUCCAGCAACUUUGCACAGCCAUUGAAUAGGAAUGGGACAACAUUCCACAGGCCACAAUCAACAGCCUGAUCAACUCUAUGCGAAGGAGAUGUCGUGCUGCAUGAGGCAAAUUGGUGGUCACACCAGAUACUGACUGGUUUUCUGAUCUGUGACAAACAUAUGCAUAUCUUAUGUGAAACCCAUAGAUUAGGGCCUAAUGAAUUUAUUUAAAUUGACUGAUUUUCUUACGUGAACUGUGACUCAGUAAAAUCGUUUAAAUUGUUGCAUGUUGCAUUCAUAUUUCUGUUCAUAUUUUGCUACAAUAUCACAAAGACAUUGUAAGUUAUAGAGCCCAGGAACCACCACAUGUGGAUUGCUAUUUCAAAAAAAAAGUGAUAUUUCUAAUAGUGUCUAUUGUCGUUGUCUUUUUAGUUUUUAUCUGCAGCGGAAGAUAAAUGGAGUAUCAUUGAAUAGCCUAAAAUUACUGUCAUAGGCUUUUUAAAAUUAAAAACAUAUAAAAAAACUAAAAAACUGGGAGAAAAGUUAUUUCAACCUUCUAAUAGUUCAAUUGAUUUCAAUUUCCGAUAUUUCCAUACACUGGCAAUAGACCGAAAUAAUAAUGUAUCAGGUUUAACCGGUAGAGGGCAAGACUGCACAGCCUCCCCUUGAGAAACCAAACCGAAUCUGUCUAACAGGAACUCAAACAGGUACAUAUUGGCCCCUCCCAGGACCAUACAAUUAAUUACCCAAUUACAACCAAUAAACUGGCUCUACAAUGUGUAAGGUAAUUUCCACAUCCAUUGUUACAUUGGUACAUUCGUCUUAAUAGACUUAAGGAUUAUUAUUAGCCUAAUGAAAUUUCAUCACCAUUCGUACAUGGAACAAUAAUCUCCAAUUAUUCAACGUAGACUCUAAAGCAGCCUAUUUCUAUGUGCACUGAGGCGUGCGCGUUCCUAUUACGCACAACCAGAAUGACAGACCUAUAGGACACAGACACACAGAACUCCAACAUAACCCGGGAAAUACGAACAAAGGAAACCAUACAUAGAAUUAAAUAAACAGAACUUCUGCCUCAUGAGACUUACGAAAGUUCAUGUACACAACAAACAUCGCGCCCACUCAAAAAUGGUAGAUUUAAAAUGUAUCGUAUGAAACAGAAAUGUCUAAGUGUUGGAAUAACCUGUACGGGGAUGGAAUGCUGAAACGCUAGCAAUUAUUGUAGGAUUAGAUGGAAUAUAGAUUUGCCACAUAUGCAUUUAAACGUGUGAAAGCAACAGCAAACAUUUCAACAAGCGAACAAAGCGCUCUUCACUGGCGAGAGUUUGGAGGGUGCAAGUGUAUCCUAUAGAUCAUAAGUAAAUGAUACAUUUCAAGCAAUUUUGACAUGCAUAAAGACCAGUAGGCCUAUGCUAGUAAUUGUUGCUUGAUGCCCAAUUGCUGGAGAGCUUGCAAAGUAAACGGUUAAUAUUCUUGAUCACCAAACCAUUUUUGGAGCUGCAUAUUUAUUAUGACAAUCCUCCUAGGGAGUACAAUUUGACGUUUGCGCUACACCCGAUCCUAUAGCUGUACAGCAAAUCAUCAAUUGCUAGCUCACCCGACAGUUUGCUGGUCCAAUCAGAGGGCCAAGUGUGUUUUUUACUAGCCAAUCCGUUGCACGUUUUUUUGCAAGGGAGAUUACUGCGGCGACUGUCUCUGGCUGUGUGGAGAGUCAUCCACAGAGACCGCCACAAAAUGAGUGACAAAACGUUACAAAACCUGGACAGAUAAUUUCAAGUCAUCAGUCGAGUCCCGAGUCUUGAGGGUCCAAGUCAAGUUUCAAGUUAUUUUAUUUUCUAAAUCAAGUCAUCAAAUUUGCUAGCAAUUAUUGUAGGAUUAGAUGGAAUAUAGAUUUGCCACAUGCAUUUAAACGUGUCCAACAACUCUGUUCAUUUUGAAUAAUAAUAGGGCCUAUUUUAAAUUUGUAUAAUUAGUCGACUGACUCGUUACUUUUCUGAAUAUAUCCCCACAAGGCCCUAUUUAUUGCCACCUCUCUAUUUUCACUUCAUUCCUUCCUUCCCGCUCAACAGUUAAAUUAAAUACGUUUUGUCCUUCUCCUUGAAUAAUAUCGGACUAGAAUAAGAUCCAGCGGCAUUCACUUCUCUUCUCUUCACGAGGAUUGCAUGGUUAUGGGUCUGAAUAAAUAACGGCUAAAUGCAUUCACCAUCUUUCUCUCGGUCAAACUCCCCGCAAGUUUUUUUGGCUGCUGUAUUUUACAUGCAGCAAACGAGCAAGCUUGCAUCCCUCUUUGAAUGUUCUAAAAACAUUAAAAAAUAUAUCCAUAAUAACCCAUCAUUCAUUAGCUAAAUAUAAGGCUAUUACUGAAUUGAAUGUAUUACCUGCACUAUGUUGCGAUAACCACCAGUGAAGAGACAGUUAUGCUGUUGGAUCCAAUAUCCGUAAAUGGAUGUUGAUCAUCUGCUGAAAUGACAAUGUUUCAAUUUCUAUAGUCAUGUUCCAAAGAGUCUUUUUUUGUUGUUGUUGUCUAAUUUGAAUUACCAAAUGUCGGCCUUUUACCAGAUCUGAAUAUUUUCGCAUGAACUGUAGGCCUAACUGAUCAAAUUCCUGUAGGCUAGGCUAUAUAGAUUAUAUAAUAUUCUGGCCAUGAAUUAAUUUAUUUUAGGGCAUAGCGUAAAAAAAACAGCCCAUACAUGAUUUAGCAACAAACAUACACAACAUUGUUGCAAAUUUUUUGAUAACAGACUCAUAAACACAAUCAAGCAAUAGGCUACACAGCUGUUUCCCUCCCAAAUACAGGGGAACUCGACAUAUUGUAGUGCAAUGUGCGGAGGGCUCUGUAGGCAGUGUUGUACAGUCGCGUUUUGCUCGACAAAAAGCCACACACACAGUUCCUUUGGGACAGUUUUGAAAUGGUAACUUCUCCCUCUCCCCCUCUGUAUUUACAGUCUACAGACAAACUGGAAAGAGACAGACUGAUCAUUUUCCUUAACAAACUCAUUCUCAACAAGAAAAAUGUGAAGGAGGUGAUGGACUCCAAUGGAGUUCGUAUCCUAGUGGACCUGCUCACCCUGGCCCACCUACACACCAGCCGAGCCACCGUCCCACUACAGGUCUUUACAACUGCCCUGUCUGAACCACCCAAAUUGUAGUGUAUUCUUCUAACACAUAUCUAAAGUUGUAUGAUUUGAUACAGUUACAGGUUUUGGAAGCGUAUAACUAUUCAAAUAGAAAUUUGACAGCUAUAUGCUUCAGUAACAGGCCAGUCUGUCUGGUUUCAUGCUAAUAACAUGUCUUUGUGUCUGUCAGAGCAAUGUGAUCGAGGCCGGGGCGGACAUGAAGAGGGAGAGCGAGAAGGAGUGGUACUUUGGGAACGCAGACAAAGAGAGGAGGGGCCCCUUUAGCUUUGAAGAGGUAUGUUUCUAUUAAAUGCUAAACCAAGACUAAUGCUUAGCUCUACUUCAAAAGAAAAAUCCUAAGUCUGAUUAUCUGGAUCCAGUUGCGUUGAUUAGUUUUUUUUGGUAUCUCCAAGACAAGGCACAUUUUUGUAAUGUGGGUGAACUAUCCCUGAGUAUGAUAUCUUUAUGACUGAACACGUGCAUGUGCCUCCCCCACCGCUCCAGAUGCAGGAAUUCUGGAACACGGGGGUGCUGACGGCCAAGACGCGGUGCUGGGCCCAGGGCAUGGACGGCUGGCGCCCCCUGCAGGCCAUCCCCCAGCUCAAGUGGUGCCUGCUGGCCAGCGGGCAGGCGGUGAUGAACGAGACGGACCUGGCCACGCUCAUCCUCAACAUGCUGAUCACCAUGUGCUCCUACUACCCCAGCAGGUAGGGAGAAGAUCAUCAGUUAUCUCCUUUUGUCCCACUUCUGUUCUCUCUCAAUGUUUUUCUUUCGUUCUCUCUCUUUUAUUCUCUUUCAUUCCCUCUUGUUCUUUCAUUCUCACUUACAUUUUCUCCCUCUCUAUUUUAUUCUUUCUCUCUCUUUCAUUUUCUCUCUCAUUCCCUCUCUUUCAUUCUCUCGCUGAACCCCAGUUUAAAGUGUGAGUGUGUCUCCAUCUUUCCCCAGGGACCAGGACAAUGCCAUUAUUCGUCCUUUACCCAAGAUCAAGAGAAUGAUCAGUGACAACACCUGCCUCCCCCACAUUGUCCAGGUGAGUGAAACCAACCUGUUAUUAGCUCCAUCUCCCUCCCAUAGUUAAUAUCAUUCACAUGUUUGGUUGUCAUUCAAAUCACUAUCCUACCACUUUAGCCAGCUGGACUGGUAUUCAUAAAGGAUCUCAGAUAGGGAGUGCUGAUCUAGGAUCAGGUCCCCCGCUCCAUUGUUUAUAAUCUAUAAGGUCAAACUUAUCCUAGAUCAGUACCUCUACUCUGAGAAGCGUUAUGAAUAUGAGCCCUGAAAUGUACUGAGGUUAAUGUAGACCCAGGUCUCCCUUGUGAAAAGAUGUCUUCUGACCUCAAUGGCACUUCCUGGUUAAAUAAAAUCAAAUGUCAUGAAACGUGUACUAUUUCCUCUUCCCUUCUCCAAUCAGCUGCUGCUGACCUUUGACCCCAUCCUGGUGGAGAAGGUGGCCAACGUGCUGUACCUGGUGAUGCAGGACAACCCCAACCUGCAGCGCCUCUACCUCACUGGCAUCUUCUUCUUCAUUAUGAUGUACACCGGCUCCAACGUGCUGCCUGUGGCCAGGUCAGACUGGUGGAGAGAUGCACGCAUGUCAUACACACGCACACACCACGAACCACGCAUGACAAACACUCAUGUCACACACACGUAUACACACAUACUUACAAACUCACGUAUGCUCAUGUAUUCACGCGCAUACACAUACAUGCUGGAAAAAAUGUAAGAGACCACUGCAAAUGUUUCUUAAAUCAGCAUCUCUACAUGUAUGACAGCCAUUCCAUUCCAGUGUCUGUUGAAUUCCAACACAGGCACACCUCAGUCUACUGAAUUAGGUACUGAUUAGGUGAUCACCUGAACCAAAUCUUAUUUAACGGGGAAAAGUAUAAAAACCACUCCUGUGGUCAUCACUAUCCUCUUGCAAUAGGACCAGCUGGAUGGCAAAAACCGUGCUAAUAGUACCUCAAAAGUAAUAUUAAUCAAAAAAUAACUAUUGACCAUGCCAAAAGAGUUGAAAAGGAAAGUUUUGAGUGAGGAAAAAAAGGUUCAAUUCUGGCUUUACUGGCAGAGGAAUACAGUGAGCGUCAGGUUGCUUCCAUCCUUAAAAUGUCAAUGACGGCGGUUCAUAAGAACAAGGUCAAGCAGCAGACAUUGGGGACAACAAAGCUACAGACCGGCAGAGGGCCGAAAACGACUCUCUACUGACCGGGAUGACCGCCAACUCAUUCGAAUGUCACUCAACAACCGUAGGAUGACAUCAAGUGACCUAUAAAAAGAAUGGCAAACGGCAGCUGGGGUGAAGUGCACGGCGAGGACGAUUCGAAACAGGCUCCUAGGGGCAGGGCUGAAGUCGUGCAAAGCUAGAAAAAAGCCCUUCAUCAAUGAGAAGCAAAGAAGAGCCAGGCUGAGGUUUGCAAAAUACCAUAUGGAUUGGACCGUAGAGGACUGGAGUAAGGUCAUCUUCUUUGAUGAGUCCAAUUUUCAGCUUUUCCCAACACCUGGUCGUCUAAUGGUUAGACGGAGACCUGGAGAGGCCUACAAGCCACAGUGUCUCGCACCCACUGUGAAAUUUGGUGGAGGAUCGGUGAUGAUCUGGGGGUGCUUCAGCAAGGCUGGAAUCUGGCAGAUUUGUCUUUGUGAAGGACGCAUGAAUCAAGCCACGUACAAGGUUGUCCUGGAAGAAAACUUGCUUCCUUUUGCUCUGACAUUGUUCCCCAACUCUGAGGAUUGUUUUUUCCAGCAGGACAAUGCGCCAUGCCACACAGCCAGGUCAAUGAAGGUGUGGAUGGAGGACCACCAGAUCAAGACCCUGUCAUGGCCAGCUCAAUCUCCAGACCUGAACCCCAUUGAAAACUUCUGGAAUGUGAUCAAGAGGAAGAUGGAUGGUCACAAGCCAUCAAACAAAGCCGAGCUGCUUGAAUUUUUGCACCAGGAGUGGCAUAAAGUCACCCAACAUCAAUGUGAAAGACUGGUGGAGAGCAUGCCAAGACGCAUGAAAGCUGUGAUUGAAAAUCAGGGUUAUUCCACCAAAUAUUGAUUUCUGAACUCUUCCUAAGUUAAAACAUUAGUAUUGUGUUGUUUAAAAAUGAACAUGAACUUAUUUUCUUUCAUUAUAUUAUUCAAGGUCUGACAACACUGCAUCUUUUUUGUUAUUUUGACCAGUUGUCAUUUUCUGCAAACAAAUGCUCUAAAUGAAAAUAUUUUUAUUUGGAAUUUGGGAGAAAUGUUGUCAGUAGUUUAUAGAAUAAAACAAAAAUGUUAUUUUUACCCAAACACAUACCUAUAAAUAGUAAAACUAGAGAAACUGAUCAUUUUGCAGUGGUCUCUUAAUUUUUUCCGCAGCUGUGUGUAUAUAUAUAUAUAUAUAUAUCCUAAUUAUUUUCUGUUGGCCUAAGUUACAUCUUGUGGUUUCCUUUAGGUUCCUGAAGUACACUCACCUGAAGCAGGCCUUCAAGUCAGAAGAGGCCAAAGGUACAGACAUUGUGCAGCGCAGUGUUCUGGGGCCGGUCCUGCCCGAGGCCAUGGUGUGUUACCUGGAAAACUAUGAGGCAGAACGCUUUUCUGAGAUCUUCCUUGGAGAGUUUGACACGCCCGAGGCCAUCUGGAGCAGCGAGAUGAGGUAGGCACAAGCUUGCUGUCAUUGUCCUUUGACUGUCUUUUGCCGAGUCUGAAUUCAAAUCUCAGGUGCUAUUCCCAAUUACUUUUUUUACCGGAUUUGAAAGGACCAGAUGGGUGUAGAAGGAUUGUUUUUGGACCAAGACUUUCUCUCUCUCGGUCAUCUACACAUCUGCCUCUUGUGUGUUGGAUUGUGUGUCCCCCCCCCCCCCCCCCCCCCCCCAGGCGGUUGAUGAUUGAGAAGCUUGCGGCCCACCUGGCUGACUUCAGCCCGCGGCUGUACAGCAACACACGGGCCCUCUACCAGUACUGCCCCAUCCCCGUGGUCAGCUUCCCCCAGUUGGACAACGAGCUCUUCUGCAACAUCUACUACCUCCGGCACCUGUGUGACGCCAACCGCUUCCCCAACUGGCCCAUCCGAGAGCCCGUACGUUGAUGUGAACUGUGUGUGUGUGCAACUAUAUGAUGGCAGAAUGGGCUUGUGAGAGGCUGAUUGAUUGACUAGUGAAGGUGUGUUUUGGAAGUGCUUCCGACUGCAGCACCUAUACUAAAAGUGUAUAUGAAAGGGAUGGAGACCCUAAUAGUGCUCUCCUCAUUGGUCUCUAUUGUGUUCUGCCCCCUGCAGGUGAAGCUGCUGAAGGACACCCUGGAGGCCUGGAAGAGGGAGGUAGAGAAGAAGCCUCCCUCCAUGUCUGUAGACGAUGCCUACGAAGUCCUCAACCUGCCCAAAGGACAGGGACAGUAAGUGGUCGUUCAUAUAUGAAGAAAAAUACGCUUCUCCCUUCCCUCUGUCAUCUCUACUCUCUACACUCUACUCAGCAAAUUGGAUGUAGUCUAUCACAGUGCCAUCCAUUUUGUCACUAAAGCCCCAUAUACUACCCACCAUUUGUGACCUGUACGCUCUCGUUGGCUGGCCCUCACUACAUAUUCGCCGCCAAACCCACUGGCUCCAGGCCAUCUAUAAAUCACUUCUAGGCAAAUCCCUGCCUUAUCUUAGACCAUUGGUCACCAUAGCAACACCCACCCGUAGUAUGCGUUCCAGCAGGUAUAUCUCACUGGUCAUCCCCAAAGCCAACACCUCCUUUGGCCGCCAUUCCUUCCAGUUCUCUGCUGCAAAUGACUGGAACGAACUGCAAAAAUCUCUGAAGCUGGAGACUCUUAUCUCCCUCACUAACUUUAAGCAUCAGUUGUCAGAGCAGCUUACCCAUCACUGCACCUGUACACAGCCCAUCUGUAAUUAGCCCACCCAACUACCUCAUCCCCAUAUUGUUAUUUAUUUUGCUCAUUUGCACCCCAGUAUCUCUAUUUGCACAUCAUCUUCUGCACAUCUAUCACUCCAGUGUUAAUACUAAAUUGUAAUUAUUUUGCACUAUGGCCUAUUUAUUGCCUUACCUCCAUAACUUACUACAUUUGCACACACUGUAUAUAUAUUUUCUAUUGUGUUAUUGACUGUACGUUUUGUUUUCGUUUACCCCAUAUGUAACUCUGUGUUGUUGUUUUUAUCGCACUGCUUUGCUUUAUCUUGGCAAGGUCGCAGUUGUAAAUGAGAACUUGUUCUCAACUGGCUUACCUGGUUAAAAAAAGAAAAGAAUCUCUCCUCUACAAGAUGUCUAUCAGUGGAAUAUUUUAGAUGUUCUGAUUGUUAUACAAUGGUUUUUCCACAGGCAUGAGGAGAGUAAGAUCAGGAAGGCCUACUUCAGACUGGCGCAGAAAUACCAUCCGGACAAGAACCCAGAGGGCAGGGUACGUUAUCUCACCACUGCUGCAUCCCAGAUGUAGUGCAUUAUAUAGGGCAGUGGUCACAAACAAAACUUGCAAUGUGUUUUUGAAUGUUUUCCAUCGCAUGACCUAUUGAACAUGACCCUGUAUUAUUGGGCCUUCUGUGUUGUGUGGUUGGUCGAUCUCCAAGGCUUCCUAGUCGAUUGCCAAACGUUUCUGUAAAAAACCCAACGAUAAAGCCUCGAAUUCCUUUUUUAUUUUUUUACGCUGUGGCGGUAGGUGCACUUACAUUUGACAUUUUAGUCAUUUAGCAGACGCUCUUAUCCAGAGCGACUUACAGUUAGUGAGUGCACACAUUUUUCAUACUGGCCCCCCGUGGGAAUCGAACCCACAACCCUGGCGUUGCAAGCGCCAUGCUCUACCAACUGAGCUACAGGAGGCCACUUGUUUCCAUUUUGAACCAUUUCAUGUGUCUGAAGCUACAAAUUCCCCGGACAGCAAAUCAAGUGCAACUAUAAGCCUACAGCUGGCCAAUCGGAUAACUCAGAUUACCGUGUCUGCAGCUUCCUCGAGCGCACAGCAAAGUUGAUACUGUGAGAUUUCAAAACUAAAAAAACUAGACAAACUGUCAACAAUUACAGCAAAGAGCAGCUGUUCAUGUUUAAGUUUUAACUCAGCACUGUCAAUACUUUUUAUUCAACACUUUUAUAAGCCAUAAAAUGCGCUGCUGCCUACUUCCACUCGUGCUACAAAAAGUUUCACUUUCUCUGGUCAUAGGAGUUACAACAUGAAUUUGUGCAUGAGGCAGAAAUAAUGCGGUGCGACUCGAGUUUCCCCAUCAGCUGGAAGACUGUGUCCCCUUUUUGGUCAGUCUCAGUGGAGGGAGGGAGAGCGGAGGGACGUUGAGCAAAGCAAUUUAUUUGAAAUUAGGCCCACUCAGCUGUGCCUCACAAGUAAUAUAAUAACUGUUCUAUUACCAGUUUGAUCAUAUACCUCCAAUUUUGAACUAUAAUUUUUAAGUGGUCUGAGAAGAACAGCAAUGUAGGGCAAUUCAAGCAUAGCCAAUAUGCAGUGCUAAUGUAUUGGGGCUAUAGCUUACUGCACAAACCUCAUUACUACAGGACUGUUUUUAAUAGGUUAAUGUUGCAUAGGCGUAUGUUUAUUUUUUUUAUCUGAGCGGUGGAUCUCGGCUUGCAUUUUGACUCAAAGUGAUCUUGACUCAGAAAAGCUUGGUGACCACUGAUAUAGGAAAUAGGAUGCCAUUUGGGACCCAGACAUUAUCAUCAGAGUUUGAGGAGUGUUCAUGGCUGUGUCUCUGUGUGUUCAGGACAUGUUUGAGAAGGUGAACAAGGCCUAUGAGUUCCUGUGCACCAAGUCGGCCCGCAUCAUCGAUGGCCCCGACCCUGAGAACAUCAUCCUCAUCCUCAAAGCCCAGAGCAUCCUCUUCAACAGACACAAACAAGGUCUGACACUCUAAUAUUCUCUGCGCUAUUCUGCAUUGUCUGUAGUAUUGUAUGUUUUAUGUUAUUAAGGUGAAUUGGACAUAAAAACACACAAAAAUGACAAUGUCAGGGCAUAUUAACUUGGUUUUUGGACACAAAUGCUAAAAAGUUAGCAUUUGGAGACAGUGGCCAUGUAAAUAAAACCAAAGGAUGGAUUGCUAUCUUACCUUGUCCAUAGACUGCUUACAGGGCAAAGAAACCAAUAUUUUGUUUUGUAAAUUGGGCGAACUAUCCCUUUAAGGCAAGCUCUUGUUAUCCUCUUGUUGACAGAACUGGAACCUUACAAGUACGCUGGCUACCCCAUGCUCAUCAAGACCAUCACAAUGGAGACGGGUGACGAGCAGCUGUUCUCCAAGACCUGCCCCCUGCUCCCGGCUGCAAUCGAGCUGGCCUUCCACACGGUCAACUGCUCUGCCCUCAACGCCGAGGAAUUACGCAGAGAAAGUGGCAUUGAGGUAAAACUAACAACACUAAUGGCUAUUCACAUAUCAGGGUCAUAUUCAAUGGAAGUAAACUACUAUAACAGGGAGGUGUCCAAUAAGAAAUGCUUGUUUUUCAUUUUCCGUUGCAAAACGUUUUGCUACGUUUUGAAUCGGUGUGCACUAAUGAAUACAAUUCAGAUACUAUUGUUGCAACAAUCUUCACCUUUUCUGAUCGACAUUCUUACAUUCGUACUUUUAUGGUGUAAACAUGGUCUAAAUAAAAAAGUACUUUUCCCCCUCCCUUUUCCACCAGAUUCUGUUGGACGCCCUAUCCCGGUGUGUCGCUGUUUUAACCGCUUCCAGCAAGUCUGAUGACAUGGCUGUUCAAGUAAGACCACCAGAUACAGUGCAGAGCCGUGGUGGAGUGGUAACACUCCCUGGCAUAUGUCUUAUAUGCAAUUCCCCCACCGGAGACAAGGAUUCAAUCCUCCAGUCUACCCUUUCCACUGUUUAUCCCACUUGCCAGUCUAGGCCUCUAAUUUCCUUACUGUCUGAAUAAAGUGUAAAAUCACCUAAUAAAUAUAUAUAUAUUUAACAAUACACCAGAUCCACAUACAUCCCUCUGUGUCUCACUAUUAUCACUGUAUUCUAACCCAUACAUGUCAGGCUGGAAAUGAGUGUUACUGUUCUGUGUCGUUAAUGGGCUGUGUUAUUUUGUCUCUGCCUAGGUGUGUGGCCAGGUGUGUAAGUGCUACUGUGUAGCGGCUCAGUUUGAGGAGUGCCGGGAGAAGAUCAUCGAGCUGCCCAACAUCAUCAGGGACCUGUGUCACGUGCUCUACUAUGGGAAGGUGAGACCUCUAUUUAAUCAUGUAACAACAGCCUUGUAUCUCUGGCUCUGGAUAUGUUAAUGGGAUACCACUUUAUCAUCCAAUGCAGAAAGGACACCGAUUUAUACUUCCUAAAAGGGGCAUUUUAAAAGUGAGCACAUACCUUCAAUUGAUAGCAAUCAUCUCGUAUCCUCUCUCUCUCAGGGUCUCCAGCGGACAGCGGCGCUGGCCGUGCAGUGCGUCAGCUCCUUCGCCGUGGACUACUUCCUGCAGGCGCACCUGUACCACGCCGGCGUGCUCUGGCACCUCCUGGUGCACCUGUUCAACUACGACUACACACUGGAGGAGAGCGGCGUGGCCACCAGCCAGGACACCAACCAGCAGGAGGUGGCCAACAGCCUGGCCAAGCUCAGCCUGGUGGCCCUCAGCCGUCUGGGGGGCUACGCCCCGACACCCCCACCCCCUGGAGAGGGAGGUGUAGUGGAGACUAACGGGCUGGAGGGGCAAACCCCGGAGAACCCUACGAUUCGUAAGAGCCUGGCGGCCAUGCUCACACCCUAUAUAUCGAGGAGGUUAGGGUCGGGGGCACCGGCGGAGGUGAGUGAUAUUGGAAAAGGUGAAAGGGAUUAUGUAGAUUAGACACAAUAACACAUACUCAUAGACCCACUAGUUAAAACACUCUUGAGGAUAUACUCUGAUAUGCCAAACUUCAUGCUCGCACUCACUCACACACACACACGCAUUCACUUAUGCAGCUGUUCCUUGUCUUUUCCCCUGUGUGUUUACUAGGUACUGAAGCUGUUGAACAGCAACUCAGAGAACCCUUACCUGAUCUGGAACAACGGGACCCGGGCCGAGCUGCUGGAGUUCCUAGAGGCCCAGCAGGAAGCCAACAUCAGGAGGGUGAGCAGAGCACUUGGACUGGCUCUAGAAUGUGGCUACAUCCCAAAUGGCACCUUAUUCCCUGUAUAGUGCACUACUUUUGACCCAGGUCUAUAGGGUCCAUUUGGGACGCAGCCAUGGACAUCUGUGUUAUGAUCAUUGUAAAACUGUAUUAUUAGGCCUGCGUAAAGAAAUGCCUCUCUAUCCGUCUCUGUCCUAGGGGGAUAAUGAUAAGAGCUUUGGCUCAGAGUUUGUGUUCAGUGACCAUGGUAAAGAGCUUAUCGUGGGCGAGAUCUUUGUCCGGGUCUACAACGAGCAGCCUACCUAUCCUCUGGAGGUGAGCCCCAAUACUCAGUAUAGGGUUAGACCAUGCCCCAUACUUGUCACUGUCAACCAUUGUUCAAUCAAAUUGGUACCAACAACAUUGUAGUCAUUGUCAUGCCAUAAAGUAGUCAUUGUCAUGCCAUAAAGUAGUCAUGUCAUUAAGUAGCACACAAUCACGGUAAUCCAUUUGCUUCACGCAGCUCACAGUAAUAUCUGAAAACCUGCAGGUAAUUAUCUGGUAAUAUCUACAGUACCAGUCAAAAGUUUGGACACACCUACUCAUUCAAGGGUUUUUCUUUAUUUUAAUAAUUUUCUACAUUGUAGAAUAAUAGUGAAGACAUCAAAACUAUGAAAUAACACAUAUGGAAUCAUGUAGUAACCAAAAAAGUGUUAAACAAAUCAAAAGUAGCCACCCUUUGCCUUGAUGACAGCUUUGCACACGCUUGGCAUUCUCUCAACCAGCUUCAUGAGGUAGUCACCUGGAAUGCAUUUCAAUUUAACAGGUGUGCCUUGUUAAAAGUAAAUUUGUGAAAUGUCAUAGUUUUGAUGUCUUCACUAUUAUUCUACAAGACAAACCCUUGAAUGAGUAGAUGUGUCCAAACUUUUGACUGAUACUGUAAGGUAUUUAGCUACAACCAUAUAAUUAAAUAGAAUGCUAGUAAUUUGAUGUACAUCAGAUCAGAUGUUAUAGGCCUUAUUCUAAGUCUAUAACUAUGUCUCCCUGUUCCCUAUGGUCCAGUACCCCAAGGCGUUUGCGGCCAGCCUGCUGGACUACGUGGGCUCCCAGGCCCAGUACCUCACCACCCUGCUGGCCAUGUCCCAGAGCAACAAGGUGGAGUCCCAGCAGCACGCAGAGAGGCUCCGCUGGGCUGAGAUGGCCCUGGAGGCCUUGCGCAACGUUAUUAAGAACAACCCAGGUACCCACAUUUUAAAAACUUUUUUUAUUCGCUUUUUUCAUGACCUUAACUGAACGUGUGCUCUGUGACCUUUGUUGACCCCAGGUUCAGAGACCGAGUGCAUCGGCCAUUUCAAGCUGCUCUUCUCCUUGUUACGGGUUCACGGGGCUGGGAAGGUGCAGCAGAUAGCUUUGGAGGUACAGUGACGCUCUCCCAAUUCAAAUGUUCACGCUCGCUCGCUCUCUCUCACACACACAUUCACUCUUUGUUUUUCUCCCCAAGGUUGUGAACACGGUCACCUCCAACCAGGAAUGUGUGACCAACAUCGCUGAGUCCCUGGUGCUGUCCAACCUACUGGUGCUACUGCAUUCCUUGCCCUCCAGUAAGACCACAGAACACCUACUUCAUCUACUACUCCUUUGUACUAUAUAUACUUCAUUCAAAACCUGCCUGUCUGAUUUUCUGUAUCCCUUUCAGGCCGGCAGCUUGUACUGGAAACCUUGUACGCCUUGACCUCCAACACCAAGAUAGUCAAAGAAGCUAUGGCUAAGGGUCGGUAUUAUGCAGAUUGUUCUUAGUUCUUGUAUUACAGUAUUAUAGUAACUGCCAAAAUAACGGAAACACCAACAUCAAGUGUCUUAGUAGGGCGUUGGGCCACCACGAGCGACCAGAACAGCUUCAAUGCGCCUUGGCAUAGAUUCUACAAUGGCGCAUUUCCAUACAUGAUUUAGCCAAACUUUAAGGAGACCUUUAAUUACGUAAAUAUAGGAUAAACGCUAGUCAUGUUUUAAAAAUAUAAUGAAGUUUAGUUAACAUUAGUCUAAAGGCUUGAUUCUGUUGACAUUCUCGAGGCAAGGUUCGUUCAGAUAAAAUGGUCACAACAGACCGGAGAAGGACAGUGCCUGUUGCGCGCCGUACAUAACCCACCUUGAAUCUGAGCGGAGGCAGUCAGCAUUUUGAAGCUAUUUAACCAUAAACGUAUUGUUUAAAACCUGGAAAUGUUAUGUCAUUUUAUGAAGCAUGUCUUACCUUGUUUCAAAGUAGCCUAGCCAAAAUACGACCAUAGAAAUAAUGAGGGAAUUAUUUUAUAAACGCUUAAUAUGCCCUAGAAACCGGCAUUUUUCUCAUGUUCUAUAAGUUUUCAAAUCAACUUUAUUGUAUUGUCCAGCAGCCAAAGGCAUUAAUCCUGGUCAUAUUAGUAGGCCUAACCCAUGGUAGUUGAUGCAUGUUUAGAUCUCCCCGCUUUCUUAAUUUCGAGCAGAUAUUUUCAUCUCUGUCAGAUGAAACCGCUCAUGCGUGCGGUGCGCUUUUGAGAAUGGUGUUUUCCCUCUGAUUGCAUUUUGGAACGUUCACGCGUAGCCUACAGCCAUGUGCGCAUUGUUGAGCUCAUAAUAUGAAGAAAUAAAACUUGUUCAACAUUUUAAGCUAACUGCUUUUUUUUACAUUUUUUUAAUGUAGUGGUUGUAUGAAUUUUGGAUCUGUCAUCCCAGAACUGUCCCAGAGUCCGUUUUAUCGUCCCAGGAAAGAGAAGUAAAAAAUCUGUCCAAAAAAAGUGAAUGUCAAACCCUGCCCUCUUUCCUCCAGGUGUGUUGAUCUACCUACUGGACCUCUUCUGUAACUCCACCCACCCCCAGGUGCGCACCCAGACAGCCGAGCUCUUCUCCAAGAUGACCUCAGACAAGCUGGUGGGGCCAAAGGUCAGUCAGUAUCCUUGUGUGGAUGGUCAUAGGAAGAGAGCGAUCACUCUGUAUAGACUACUUUAGCUCUGCUUCCCAGAUGGCACCCUACUUUUGGCUAGGGCCCUGUUUUCUCCCUCCCUCAUCCCUCUCUCCCUUAGGUGCGUCUGACUCUGAUGCGUUUCCUGCCCGGCGUGUUCAUGGACGCUAUGCGGGACAAUGCGGAGGCGGCGGUGCACAUCUUCGAGGGGACACAUGAGAACCCCGAACUCAUCUGGAACGACGGCUCCCGGGAGACCGUCUCCACCACCGUCCGGGAGAUGAUGCUCGAGUACGCAAUCUUUCUCUCUUAUUGGGAAACCUACAGUGUCUACGUGUCGAGUAGUAUCGAGUUUUUCCUGACCACGUGAUUUGUCUCUUGUGUUCCUCCCUUUUGCUCUGCAGGCACUUUAAGCAGCAGAAGGAUAAUCCUGAUGUUAGCUGGAGAGUAAGUUUAUUCAUAUUAAUAAAUUGAGCCAUAUUCAUGUAAAUAUGUUGUUUUGAAUGUUAUGGAUAUCAUCUUUUAAAAAAAUAAUAAUAAUCGCUGUGUAGUAAACAGUGAAUAAGGUGACCUGAUAAAUGCCCAAAGGAAUCAGCGUAAACAACAGUAAUCACAUGAAUUACAUGGUGUGUUAAUAAUACAAUGUUGACUGUGUGCAGCUGCCAGAGGAGUUCACGGUGGCAUACGGGGCGGGGCAGGGUGAGCUGGCGGUGGGCGGAGUCUUCCUGCGUAUCUUCAUCGCUCAGCCGGGCUGGGUGCUUCGCAAACCCCGGGAGUUUCUAGUGGCCCUCCUGGAGACCCUUACUGAGCUGUUUGAGAAGAACAACCCCAAUGUGAGGACACACUGAGUGAAUUAAAGCACAUUUCGUGCGCACACACACAUAUAUUUCCUGUAACUGAGCAGAAAAAUAUCUAUUGUCAUCUCAUAAAAUACCCUGUACAGAAUAUCCACUUUAUGCUUGUACUUGUACGCAAAAAUCUCAAUUUCUAACCUUCGCGGCUCGUUUCCAACAGGGUGAGGCCCUGGAGACAGUUACCACGGCAGCGGUGUGUUUGUUCAGCACCCAGACCCAGCUGUGUGAUCAGGUCCCUCCCCUGGGCCACCUGCACCGCAUCCUGGCAGCACUGACCCACAAGAACAACGCCGUGCCCAAGAGCUCUAUCCGCCUCAUCCACGUGCUCUCAGACAACGAGGUGAGAUCACAGUCUAUGGUGGCUUUCCACAACGUGAGAAGGUGACCAGAUCUACCAUUAGCUAGUUUAGCAAGCUACGAUUGGCUGAUGUGCUAAUGUAGCUGUAUAACUACAACCAAGCCAACCUCAACUACAUACAGAGUCUACAAUAGUCCUGAUUUGGUUGUAAUGAGGUCAACAAUCUUCCCAUGUACACCAGAUCUGUUUUAUAUUUAUUUCUGUCACACUUAGAAAUGUAUAGCAAGUCUAAUGUAUCGUGUGUGCACGCCCAGCAAUGUGUGCGCUCCAUGGCUUCUCUGGAGACCAUCGGUCCUCUAAUGAGUGGGAUGAAGAUGAGGAUGGACAUGGCAGGACUGGCCUGUGAGGCGCUCAACCGCAUGUUCCAGAGAGAGCAAACAGACCUCGUGUCUCAGGUAGCUCAUCUCUCUAUCAUUGCGGAGUCCCGAAUGGCGCCCUCUUCUCAAUGCAGUGCAUAGUGCUCUGGUCAAAAGGAGUUCACUAUAUAGGGAAUAGGGUGCCAUUUGGGGUUAACGGUUACAUUUUCUCACCAUUUCUUCCUGUUAAUUGCUUAGGGGAAAACACAGGGUGUGCUUACGUUCUACCCUUUUUUACUUGUUGUUAUUCCAUGUCAUUUGAGUGUUUUUCCGUGUCCAUGGGUUCCUACAUGCACACACAGGCCCUCAGAGUGGAGCUGGUGCCGUACCUCCUGCGGCUACUGGAAGGGAUUGGGCUGGAGACCUUAGACAACCCCUCGGCCACCAAGGCUCAGAUCGUCAAGGCUCUCAAGUCCAUGACACGCAGUCUGCACUAUGGAGAACAGGUUAGGCAUCACAACUAUAUGUCAAUCAAUAUAUCAAUCAGUAUAUCAACAAUAUAUUGCAGUGCUUACUGUGAGUCUAAGACAUUAAAGUUGAUCCUAUCCUAAUUGCUAUGGUGCUGUACACUUUUAUCAGUCUGAGGGGGUCCUGUGUUGCAGGUGAAUGAAAUCCUGGCUCGGUCCACUGUGUGGAGUGCCUUCAAAGACCAGAAACAUGACCUGUUUAUCUCCGAGUCCCAGACCGCAGGGUACCUCACAGGUAGGAAUGUAAUCCACAGACACACACAGUAUAUUAUGCACUACAAAGAAGGUCAGUUUAGAGGGGGCAUUGUACAAGCUCAAUCUGAAUCCUUUCGUUCUACUAUGCUUCCAUUGAGCACUUUGUGGCUGCUGACUCCUCACUUUGUGCUUAGUACCUCUCAGUAAGUCCUCCUCCCUUCCUUUUCCUCUCUGUUCUCCUCUCUUCCUCCUUUUCUUUCCCUUUCUCCUCCACGUUUCCUUCUUCCUCAGGUGUGUCCACUCCCUCUCUCAUGGCGGCCAGCAGCCCCCUGCGGAGCGGGCUGUAGUUUCCUGUGCAUGGCCCUCUCUCUUUGCUCUGACUGCAGGUAGACUUUGUCCUUGCUCCCCCACCCUUCCCCUCCCUCCACUUCCACCACUCCUUAUCCUGUCGCCCCCCAUCUUGUGCUACUGCUCAGUUUUUCCAUUUCCACUUUCCCCCACUUCUCAUCUCAUCUUCGGACAUGGAUUGGAAAAACGCUAUGGCUGGAUCACUGUAGCACAAGUCAAUGGGUGAACCAGUGGAAGCCCUGCCCUUGAUAAGCCAACAUUGGCCCUAAUAAAGUAAACAGUGGCAAUAUGCUUGCUGACGCUCUAAGUAGCAAUAGUUCAAAUACCUCCAUGCCAUAUCCACUACCACCUCUCACACCGCCAACACUGUAACAUAACCACACAAUGUAAGACUUUCACCAGAUAAUCUAGUGUUGACCUCAGUCACCCAUCUUGAGCAUUCAGUUCCAGUGGUCAGCCUUGAGCAUUCCUUAGUCUAUCUAAUCCCAUGUGUCUUUCUGUGUGGCUGUCUCCUGCAGGUCCAGGAGUGGCAGGCUACCUUACAGCAGGAACUGGCUCCACAGUGCUGCCCAGCGUUCCGCCCCCUGUGGACAAUGACAUUGGAGACUCAGGCUGAAAGUCUGACUGACAGACGGACGGACUGAGAGAGAAGUGCUCAGCCCUCCAGACUGCCCUGCGGCUCCAAAGCUGCAGCUCAGAGACUGCUCAGCUCCCCGAGGGAGGGAGGGAGGAAGGAAGGAGAGGGAG